CUGAUCAGCCAAAAGAAUCAUGGGUGACAUUUCCGGCGACGACUCGAAGCCCCACCUGAUCUUCUCCUACGGCACACUCAAACAAGGCUUCCACAACCACAAGCUCACCAGCGAGCUCAUCUCCCAAGACGACGCCGUUUUCAUCGGCCCCUACAUUACCCGCCGCUCCUUCCCCCUCGUCUGCGGGCCCCACGGCCUCCCCUACCUCAUCAACCUCCCCGGGUCGGGUCGCCGCAUCCGGGGCGAGCUCUACGCCGUCUCCGCCCGCGGCCUCGCCCGCUUAGACGACCUCGAGGGCACCUCCAUCGGCCACUACGAGCGCCUCCCGCUCCAAUUGGUCGUCAAUGCCGACAAAGACGGCGCCGUCCCCGUCGACGCCGAUGCCUACUUCGCCCACCGGAGCUUCGGCGAGGCCAUGUGGGAGAGGAACGGGAAGGAGGGCUUGUGCGAGUUCACGGAGGUAGAGGCCAGAAGGUAUGUGAAAAGACAGGACCGGCCUCAUCAGGGGAGGAAUAUUAUUCAGGAAGUGCGGCAGUUUGUGAAUGGCGACUGAGGGGCAGUUUCGGGAAAUCGUUCGGUUUGUACUUGAGGUCAAAUUUUUCUCUUGCUCUGUUUAUUGUGGAGUUUGAUUUUCAAGACUGAUAUGUAUUCCUUGUUCAAAAGGCUCAGUGUUAUUAAGAUGGGGCAACGUGUCACACUGUU